AUGAAUGCCCUCCAGGUGUUUUCCUUCACUUUGCUGUCAGUUUUGGCCGUGAAUGCUCAGGUCAUUGUGCCAGGAAGAUGUCCCAAGCCUUCUGUUCAGAAGAACUUUGAUGCUGCUAGGUAUCUUGGUACAUGGUAUGAAAUCAAGAAACUGCCCCACACUUUCCAGAAGGGUGAGUGUAGCACAGCCACCUACAGCCUGAAGAGCCCUGGAGUCGUUGGGGUCCUCAACAAGGAGCUGCUUGCCGAUGGGAGCAUUAACAGCAUCAGUGGCUCUGCUGUGUCCCAGAGCCCCUCUGAGCCUGCCAAGCUGCUGGUCUCCUUCUUUGACAACUCUCCCCCUGCUCCUUACUGGGUCCUGUCCACCGACUACCACAGCUACUCCCUGGUCUACAGCUGUACUGACCUCGGCGUGCUCCAUGUGGAGUUUGCCUGGGUCAUGAGCAGGCAGCCCACUCUGCUUGAGGAUACCGUCGAGGAACUGUACAACAGCCUGUCUUCCAUCGGAGUCAGUGUGGACAAGAUGAUCACCACCAACCAGGAUGAAGCGUACUGCAGCGCCAUGCACCAGUAAACAAGCACUGUGUCCCAGUGCAAUAAACUUCAGUGUUUAAAACAGACAUGCAGGUGUUUGUUUCUGUUCUGUGGGUCUCUGAGGUGAACUGAUGGAAUACAGACUGAUUCAGUGUACACUGGCAAUUCUGUUGUAAUAUAUUGGAACUACAGAGGCUCUUUGGUUAAUAUUUUAUGUUGUGGAACAAAGAAAGGUAGAUGGUUUUAACUGUGGAGGGGUUCUGAAGCCUUUGAUAGUAAUCUGCCCACAGCCAUUGUUGUUCAUGCCAGUUAUGUCUAAUAACAGAAUAAAAUGUCUGUAUAAUGCAGUGCAGUCCAACAAAACCACAAACUGCAGCCUUAAAAUGACUAUACAGUUGAAUGAGGACAUUUCU